UCGACACUGCACACAAACUUUGCUAAGAGGGGCCCAGGACCCCUGUAUGAGAUCAAGUUCCAUUGAAAGUGUCCUGUAUCAAGGCAGCCUCUGUCUCUCUCUCCUGCCCAAACUUUAUGAACAUCCAAUGAUAACUGCCAGAAAUAAGUUGAUGAUCUUUCGUGACUGAAGCAUUUGGUUUCCUUUCUUCGGUACGUUCUUUGAUCUAAGUAUAAAGUGGAGCUGUGGUCUGUUUGUGGUAUAUUUUUAGUGCACUUGACUGUCUGCACCACGUGUGCUUGCCAGCCUGUAUAUGCUGGUAUUGAAGGGAAGGAUGCUAAGCCCCUCAGCCUUUUGGCCCAUCUUGCUGCUGGGGCUUGGCUCAGGCUUGGGCCGCUGCACUCCUGUUGCUGCCAUGCUGCGUCCUGCUGCCUCCCCCAGGGACAGUGUUGGAGCUGUUAUGGACACCGAUCGGCGCUGGGAGACACUUUACUCUCGAUCAAUGGCCAGGAGUCCCGGUGGAGGAGGUGGUGAACACUGGGACAUGAACCGCGACAGCGAUCACUACCUGGUGGGCAUCAAAAGACUGCGGCGACUGUACUGCAAUGUUGGCAUUGGGUUCCACAUUCAAGUGUUGCCCGACGGGCGCAUCAGUGGGGUCCACAAUGAGAACCGCUACAGUCUUCUUGAAGUUUCCCCCGUGGAAAGAGGAGUGGUGACCUUAUUUGGCGUAAAAAGUGGUCUUUUCGUGGCCAUGAACAGCAAAGGAAAACUCUACGGCUCCGUAUACUUCAAUGAUGAGUGCAAAUUUAAGGAGCAACUUCUUCCUAACAACUACAAUGCCUAUGAAUCUAGCAUGUACCCAGGAAUGUACAUUGCACUAAGCAAAAAUGGAAAAACAAAAAAGGGCAAUAAAGUAUCCCCAACAAUGACACUGACACAUUUUUUGCCUCGGAUUUGAUGAUUUAGUCUUCAGCUUAAUGUGGUACAAGGAAAAGAAGAACUGGGAUAAAUUGAUGCACUUUUUAAAGUGAGUGUUUUUA